AUGGUGUGGUACGCGGCCGCCAGCGAAAGAAAUUCGAUCUGCACACCGACUGGUUCGCUCGGCCGCGCGUGCUCGACCAAGGCCUGGCCGAGGGCCGCACGAGGCUGUACAACCGCGUCGCGACCUUCUUCGCCGUCCUCGAGUGCGAGGGCUGCCCCGAGGAGGGAGGUGUCGGCGAGACGUGGUUUCCCCGCAUAG